AUGGAGGAGCCACUUCGGAAGAGCCUUUCCCCCCUCGAUCAUUCGCCUCUCCGUGUAUCUCUGUCUCUCUCUCUCUCGCUGUCUCGGCCUCAAGCGCGUGGGUCUCUGUCUGUCUGGGUGUGUGUCUGUGCGCGCGCGUGUAGGUAACGGUGCUUGAUACGGCCGCUUCGCUAGCCUCACUUGCCCCAACAAGUCUGUUCAAGGCUGUAACGCGGGGAAUCUCUGCGCAUUCUUUUUGUGUUAGCGGAGCAAGCGGUGAGCGGACCGAGCCGUCAAGCAGCACGCAGCCCGAGUUCGAUUCCCGGCCGCGGCUAUGGGCAACAGUAGGAGCCCGUGAUCACAAUUCUGAGCCUGCUCUGGUGCCGGAACGUCUACGUCGACUCGUCACUUAAUGAGUGUCUGGUGUGGUGCGCGCGUGUGUGGGACAUCAGCGCUGGGGAGACAAAGGCGGUCAGGCGAGUGUGAUGUUGUAGGGCCGUAAAAGGUGUUCGCUAACAGCGCUUGGGCUCAACGGUCUGUAAAUGCUCUAUCUGUGGUCUUUGACAGUCUAUAAUAUACAUUAAUAUGACCCGCACAUACAGACUUCAAAACACAGACUAGGACCACGCUUACUGGAUACGUUCUUGACGUUGCCAUAACUACAAUGUGGAUGCAGCUGCUGCCAAGACGCGUUGGAUCUCAGCCGGGAUUUGUUUUAGGUCCAUUCGUCUUCGCCCGACGCGGCGACCCUUGGACCCCUGGUUUCAUUCGCGUGCUCGUUUUGGUCGAACAAAAAUGUCUGGAUUGGGAUUAAAUAAUUCAGAAUGAAGACAAAUUAAUCUGGAAGCUUGCGUGAAAUAUUGCCCACAAGUAUGGGAAUGUGCGCGUUCGUGACUUUUCCUGCGCCACCAAUCUCAAUUCGUUUAUAAAUAAUGUAACGCAUCCGGCAAAUGCGAACAAAAAGUUUGCAUUAUGUAGCGACCCAAAGUCAUAUAUUUAUGAUCAAAACAACACGAGAUUUCAGCGAGGUUCGACCUCAAAAUGCAUUUUGAUGAGCUACCAUUAUUUAUAAUCUUCAGCGAGAUAUAAAAAAAAACAUUGUCAUCACAAAUGUACAUAUAUUACUCGACUUUUGAGAGCCCAGUUUAGCGGCAUCGAUUUCCCAACAUGAGGCCGCCGAACAACCGCGGCAACGUUGAAGAUGUGCGUGCAACGAUCCCUCUCUUAGAGACGUAACUUUUCUGGACAAGCCCCGCACAUCGCCCCCAGUUUCCAAUCUCACCUCCGUGCGAUGCAAUAAGCGCGUAAACAAUCACAUCGCUGACUGACGACGACGACGAAGACGACGCCAGCAACAACAACGCGAGAGAGAAACGCGCGCACGCUUAAGAAGGCCAAGAUGAUCGCGGCAUCGCACGCCGACAUCCUGCCCUCCGGUUCGAUCCCCUCUGUGGGGGAAGUGUCGCUCGGCACGACCUCUCCGGCGACAGCGGCCGUGCCAACGCCGCCGCCGCCGCCGCUCGCGCUGUGCCCCGACUGCGGGCAGCUGCACUCGGCGGCCGAGGGUCACGUGUACGACUACCGGCAAGAGGUGGACGACGACCUCACGUGCCACAUCUGCCUGCAGCCGCUCGUGUCGCCCACCGACACGCCGUGCGGACACACGUACUGCGCCCGCUGCCUCCGAGGGUUCUUGCUCGCCACCAGCAGCGGUGGAUGUGGCAGCUCAGGAGCGAGCGGCGGCGGCGGCAAUGGCAGCAGCGGCAAGGGCGGCGGCCUGGGCGCGUUCUGCCCACUCGACCGUCGCCCGUUACGCCCGGAGGCGUGCCGCGCCGCCAGCCUGCUGGUGCGGCGCCUGCUCGACAAGCUGCCCGUCGCGUGCCCCUUCGCGGCGGACUGCGGCAGAUCGGCGCUGCCGCGCGGAGACCUCGCCGACCACCUGCGCCGCAGGUGCGUGGGCAUGAGCCAGCACCACGCGGCCGAGGAGGGGCUGAGUCGGCGCGGCACCAUCUACCCUGGCGCGCUGCACGCCGGCGGGCCGGACAGCGAGGCCCAGGCGGGUGGCACAGAGGGCUUCUCUGCGGCGGCCGCGUCCUCAUCCCCGUCGGGGCCCGACGAGCCGGGGUCGCUCGGUGGCUCCAACUGCAGCGUGAGCGGUGGCAGCGGCGUGAGCGAGAGCGGCCUGGACAACCCCGCGUUCGAGGAGAGCACGGACGAAGAGAACACGCCGCGAGCCCUGGGGGGCAUCCCGGACGGCGAGGUGACCACCAUCGAGGUGGCGCGCGCCAACCCCUACAUGGAGCUGGGCAUCAGCGUGGUGGGCGGCUGCGAGACGCCGCUCGUCACCCUAGUCAUCCAGGACGUGUUCCGCGAGGGGGCCAUCGCACUGGACGGCCGCCUCCUCCCCGGGGACCAGAUCCUGCAGGUGAACGGUGUGGACAUCAGCAACGUGUCGCACAACUCGGCGCGCGCGGCACUCGCUCGCCCGUGCCCCUCGCUGCGUCUCACCGUGCUGCGCGAGCGCCGCUACGGCACGUCCGGCACGCGCGCCGCGCCGCCGCAGCCUCCGCCGCCGGUGCAGCAGCUACAGCUGGCGGCCGGCCAGCCCGCCCCGUCGCCGCCCGGCGCGGCCGCCCCCCCACAGCAGCACGCGCAGGGCUCCCAGCAUGCGCCCGCGGCGGCGCCGGCGGCGCAGCAGCAGAGUUCGGACGGGGGGCCACCGGCAUCGGCGGCGGCUCCGAGGGGGCCUCACUGCCAGGGGGGGCACCCACCGCCGCCGCCGCCUCCUCCGCCGCCGCCGCCGGGGCCGCCGAGCGCGGAAGGGCCGGCAAGCGCCGUGGCGGCGGGUGGUGCGGGCGCCAGGGACGACAGCUUCCACGUGGUGUUGCACAAGCGGGGCGGCUCGGGGCGCGAGCAGCUCGGCAUCAAGCUCGUGCGUUGCGGCGACGACUCGGGGGUCUUCAUCCUGGACCUGCUGGAGGGAGGCCCGGCAGCCGUCGACGGGAGGCUCAGGCCCAGCGACCGCGUGCUCUCCAUCAACGGGCACGACCUGCGGCAGGGCACUCCCGAGAUGGCGGCGCAGGUCAUACAGGGAAGUGAGGACCGCGUGCACAUCGUGGUGUCGCGGCCGGGGAAGCCGGGGCCGCCCGGCGCCCAGGACGGACGGAGCCACACGAUCCCGGGAGCCGCCCACCCCAGCCCGCCCAAGCCCUGCCACUACCGGGAGCUGUCUCAAGCGGUGUCGUGCCAGGAGAAGGUGGUCACGGUGCGCAAGGAGGCGAGCGAGUCGCUGGGCAUGACGGUGGCGGGCGGACUUGCCAGCCGCAGCGGGGAGCUGCCCAUCUUCGUGACGAGCGUUCAGGGCCACGGCUGCCUGGGCAGGGACGGGCGCAUCCACCGCGGCGACGUGCUGAUGAGCGUGAACGGCGUUGACCUGACGCGGCGCAGCCACAGCGAGGCGGUGGCGCAGCUCAAGGCGUGCGCCGUGUGCCCCGUGGUGACGCUGCGCGCCCUCGAGGUGCGCGUCCAUUCCGGGGCGGGUGCCCCCGUCACCGCCCCCCCCUCCUCCUCCUCCUCCCCACCGCCGCCCCCCAUCGCCGGCGGCGGCACCGGCGGCACCGGCGGCGGCACCGGCGAGGCCACCAACGCCGAGCACGAGUACGACGCCAACUGGUCGCCGCCGUGGCUCAUGUGGCUCGGACUGCCCAGCUUCCUGCAGAGCCGCAAGGAGGUGAUCCUGCGCAGAAGCACAUCGGGGAGCUGGGGGUUUAGCAUCGUGGGGGGGUACGAGGAGAACCACAGCAACCAGCCCUUCUUCAUCAAGUCCAUCGUGCUGGGCACGCCGGCCUACAACGACGGCCGCCUCAAGUGCGGGGACAUGAUCGUGGCCGUGAACGGGCACGGCACGACCGGGAUGAGCCACGCGGCGCUCGUCACGCUGCUCAAGGAGCUCCGCGGGAAAGUGACGCUCACCGUCGUCUCCUGGCCCGGCAGCAUCCUCUGAGAGUGCGGGCACGGCGGGCACGGAGGGCACAGCAACACAGCCACCAGCACCACCGCCACCAACGCCACCAACGCCACCAUCAGCACUACAACCACCGCCACCAACGCCACUACCGCCACCGCCACUGCCACCAACGCCACCAACGCCACCAACGCCACCAUCAGCACUACAACCACCGCCACCGCCGCCACCGCCACUGCCACCAUCAUCACUCUCACCCACCACCACCAUCAGGGGUGCAGCCAGACUUAUUUAAGGAGUCCUGGACGGUAGGAAUAGUCCCAGUAUAUACGUGUAUUUCAGUUACACGGAAACAAAUACCGCAACUAUAAUUUUAAUAUAAACAAUUCCAACGAGGAUUCUAAUUGGAAGCCUCGUAUAUUGGUUAUCAGCAUAGGCAGUUAAAAUUGAGCCUGUUUUCUCUGCUGUAUUAUGAUACGUAUUUUUUACAACUGUUUAAAACCAUUUUGGAAAAGCAGAGGUCACCUUUGGUAUUAAGAGAUUGGUGUGUGAGGCAGGAGACAUGUCUGUUACGGCUGAUUUUUAACAAACGAGAAAUUAAGCAUCUGGCCUUUGAGUGAAUUACACGUCCAAACAAUGUACUGUUCGGAGAGAGGAUGAGGAAUGCUGCAGUUCUAAAGAGAACACGGGCAAGGAAUUGUCCCUGUAAUCAGUAGGUCGUUAUGCAUGGGACAAGUCUGCAAUGCCUAGGGAAGGUUAUUGGGACAGGUGACCUUAGAUUGGCGAUCAAGGGGAAUAUCUAAAGCCAGAUCGUGGGAGAAUCUAAAUGCUGACCUUGAAUGUCAACAGCUUUGAGAGGAAAGCAAUAGAGAUGUCUGAUGACCUCUUGACCUUGACACGAUUAUACAUACAGUGCACAACAGAAAAUGUCAUGGUUACAAAGUGGAGGAAAUGAAAUAAAAUUAUUGGGUCUAAUAUGAAGAGGAAAAUUAUAUAAAGUGCCUCUCCACCAGUCGGCUCAUUCACAAGAGUGAGCAGAUCGCAUUCGCAAGGUUCCAGAGUUCACAUCCUGGUUGGGCGCCAAUCAUCUCUCCGGGGAAAAUAAAAUACGUACCACUUUUGGGGGAAGUCAAGAGUGGUUGUCCGAUUGAGAGACUCGCUCCCGCCAUAGGAAUGUGGAAUUUCCACCACUGGCUCAGGGCCGUAAACAGAAGAUGAGCACCAUCUCAAUGCAGGAAAUCACUUCAGCUUGACCUAUUACCUGUCUGGACAAUGAUUUAAAACAAGCUGCCACAUUUAUCUGUGUGCACCGAAUCUGGCUAUACCCCCAAAUACCACCACAACCACCACCACAACCACCACCCCAGCAUGAUCUCAUGAACUAUGUCACUUUACUUGACCGAUAAGUAUUUUUCUAUCUUGGAUUGCUCUACGUGUGGAUAGCUAUCGUGUAGUAUACGCUCUUGUGGCUAGCUGCCUUACAAUGCUUUACCAUGCAGCGGAGGAUUUAUUUUCCUUUUUCAAACGUAUGAAUUUUCCACAAACCGGGUCGUUUUAUCAGCGUCGGUGUUGCAGGCACAGCAUUCACAGCCGGGUUAAACUGCAGGCAAGUUACAAAAGGUUACAAAGUGAUGAAUGCAGCUUGCAAAGAUUUCCCCCCAAGAUUUCCAGUUUUGCAUUACCGUUUGGAACAGACCGCCAACGAAUACGUUUGGACUGAAUUUUUUAAUUGCUCCAUGAUUUUAACUGUGAGUAGUAUGUACCCACAAAAACGAAUAACUUUACAGAGCGGAGUAGUGGUGCAGUGGUGAACACACUGCACCAUUACCAUUAAUGACCAAUUUGAUUUGCUGGCUACAGCGAACAUCAGUGUUUAUAUCUGAAUCAGUCCUGGGCUACCUCUUCAUCACAGACUCGCAGUGACCGUGACUAGCACAUCAUUCAUCUAUCAGCGCAUUGACUAAGGCCUGAAAAGUAUUUUUUUUAAAAAGCUCCACUCACGUGAGCAAAAUCUUGGAACUUUCCUCGACCAAAAUCAUUUUUAAAAGAAAUACUUUAACGUCAUUAUUUCACGUUAUAAGAAGGCCAGAGGCAAGAGCCGGCCACGGUUCUAAUGCCACUCGCAAAUAGGCUCUUAAAUGACUCUCCGUCAUUAUAAAUUCUGGGGUUUUCAGCUUAUUCGGGUGCAAGGCUCACUGCCGUCGAGUAAUGGCGAGUCCAAUGGACUUAAAAUUGCCGGUUCGAUCUCCCACUGCCUCUGUCCAGCCAGCACUAUAAAUGGUUACCACCGCAGUCAAGGGAUUUGCAGGUGGCGUUUGGUGGGGUCAAGUGUGGCUACUGCCAUCCUUUCCAAGACGUCUGACCAGCGCGGAAGAGGAGGCUCUUCCGUCAGCAGUGGCAUGAGCAAGACAUUUCUCGGGUGCGCCCCUUACCCUAUUAGGCACAAGGCCUAGUUAUCAGAGCACAGCGAUAUCCAAUGGUUUUAUGGGUCCAAAUGAAACUCGCAACAGUGGACAGGUGUGGGAAAAUAAUUCCCCAUGUUAGCCGCUGAAUUGUUCCCAUUAUAUUUUAGCCUUAAACAAAGUGCCAAACAAACCUUAAUAUUGUUCAGCUACCUUUCAUCCAGCGGAUACACGAAUCCAUCAGACGUUGUGUUGAUGUAUGCACACAGAGAGAUACCUUUUUAAGCUAUAUGCUGCAUACCGUGAAUCGUUUGAAAGUGCUUUGCCACCAAUCGUUUGUACUGAUCAAUGGAUAGCGAAAGAAACGAAAUUGCGACCAAAUGUGCACAGCAAGUUUUUUUAAAGAAACAUUCGUGAAUGUCAAACGGUGAAAAAUCACAUCUUGAAAUGUCAGAAAAAUAUUCCCUCGGCUAUAAUAGCAAGUAGGCAGAGACGGUGUUCACUCGAGGUGACAUUAUUUCAUCCCUCCCCGAUUCUAUGCAUUCUUCCAAUUUAGUAUUCAAUCCCGUUUUAGCUUUGUGGCUGCAUACGGAGCCGAUGAAUUGUUGCCAUUCAAGAGUUGAUUCUUAACUUAAAUGCUUCGUGAAUGACAGCACCUCCAGUGACUGCAUGGGUCACCUAGACCCAUUGCCAAAUAUACGCGUGGAAAAAAGAAAAGAAAAGAUGGAAUUCGAUGCACAUCUCGCGAGCUUAAGAAUCGCUAUUAAAUCGCCGACGCAAUGCAUAGACGCAUCCCGAGUGUUCUGAUGUCUGUCUCAAGCCACCGGGGGACUGCUCCUUGGUGUCUUUAUUCUUACCACUGGUCCCUCAGAAAUAAACAAGAAAAAAACUAGGCGUACGAACAGCGAUGGGUUUAUCCCGAGGUGCGAGAGCGACCGCAGAAACGUAACCCCGUGCUCCCACAGCAGAGUUCUGGUGGAUUGCGAUCUGUAUGAGGGUCGCGCGUACGUGCAAGCGUCAUCUCCGUGCCCGAAACAACAAAAAAGCGUCACUCGAAAUCACGCAAGCUCAAACUAUUUGCAUUUUCUGCGAUGCGAGAAUUACAUUUUUGCUUGUGGAUUCAAGAAAGUGCGUACAAGUAUGUGGCUGUAAAUACUUUCAUAUACAUUCUGUUACAUUCCUCUUCGCAGAGACGCCCUG